AUGUCUCAAAUUAUGGUUGAAGCUUUUGCAAGAAGUUUAAUUGACAAGAUAAUGGUAGAUGCUUUUUACGUGGUGCAUAGUAACGAUGAAAAAUUACAAAUGCUGGAAAAUCGAGAAGAAUCGGCUGGUGUUCAGUCGGAAUCUCCGCGAAUAACGCUGCAAAUGCAGGAUCGACCCUGUGAAAAUUACAACGAAUUUGACACCAAGGAUCUAAUAGAGAAUAUGGUACAUCAUUUAAGAAAUCUGCAAAUUGGAGAUUCGACGUCUGUGCCGCCUCGUCUAUCUAAAUUAGAAAACCAGGUAAAACAUGUCGCAUGCAAUGUCGACAAUAUUUCACCAGCGGACUCCCCCGAACUUGCAGAAGCGCAUAUAACUCAGGGUCAAGGUGAUGUGCAUCAGGUAAUACACAACGCAGUCAUCGAAACAACGACAGAUCCCACCGAUACUCGUUCAGAAAAGGACACUAACAGUUUAAACGAGGCAACAAAAGUAUCCAUUCACGUGCUGCACCGAAUGAUCGAGGAGCUCGAAAGAAAAACCGGAAAAUCCGACCAGAAGAAGGAAAUUGAAUUGGAAGCUGUUAACAAAGAAAAAAGCCCAACGUGGGAAGAAUCAGAGAAACAAUUGAUAAGAACGAUCGAAAACGUCGAUGACCUUGAACAAACUACCAUUAAUCCCAUAUCUGAGGGUGAAAUUGUAAAUUAG